AAUGUGUACUCAGUACGUGAAAUGAUAGUUAGUAAAGCACAUCUGAGAAAUAUUCACGCUGUGCAGUUUGUCGGAUUUCAUUUAAGUUAAUUUUUUAUUUUUACCUACUCGUACAUAUCAAUAUAAACACAAUUUAUGUACUUUGAAGUUUAAUGAAAAAUUAUAAAAAUAAGAAUAAGAACAACAAAAUAUAGAUAUACAUACAUAUGUAUGUAUGAAAAGAAAAAAAUUUUAAAAAUCAACACGUACAGAAACAUUGCGCAAACGGCGAAGUAAACAAAUAAAAAUUUAAAUAUUCUACAUAACUGCCACACGCCGCUUGUUCUAAGAAACCAAAAUUUUACUAAAAAAAAAAUAAUAAUAAAAAAAGCUGUUGAAGCUGUUCAAAAGUACCUACCAAUAAAGUUUUUGGAAAAUUUAUAGAAAGUGCAUUUGCAGUGUGAUUUGCAAGAGAUACCAGCGAGCUAAAUCUACAUACAUACAUACAUACUUAUGUAUACACAAAGCUAACAAGCGAGCAUCAAUUCAUCCAACCAACCAACCAACCAACCAACCAAGCAACGAACGUGCGUGCGUGUGUGUGUUUGUUUGUGCCCAUUGGAAAUUUAUGGAACUGUGUUAAGUGUGUGCACUAAAUAGUAAUGCAAUAAUACAUAUGUACGACGGCUGCUGAUAUGCAUAUACAAUAUAUGUAAAAGAAGAAGCAGCAGCAAAAAUUUGUAUAUACAAACAUCAAUGCAUAAAUGACUACUAGUAGUGUAUUUAUAUGUACGACGAGUAUACAUAUGAUUGUGCACAUACAUACAACAUUUUUGUUUGUUUGUUUUUUUUUUUUGCUUUCGUUUAUGCAUUUCUUCAAUCAAUUAAUUAAUUAAAUAAUUUUACCGCUAUUUUGGAUUAAAGUAUUUCAAUUGCCUACUUCUUCAUGCGACAGUUUCCUAGAAUGCUGAUGUUGCAGUACAGCAAGCAUGGAGAGUGUAUACUCAAAGAAAUUGGAGCCGCAUUCCGUGGAGAACAUCCAGCCGAUUUGACGAUAGUUUGUGAAAAUAGAGUUAAACUUCAUGCACAUAAACUUGUAUUGGCUGCUGCCAGCCCACUCAUAAGAACCCUCUUGGAGGACACGCAACUUUCCGACUGCGCGACCACUGUUUAUUUCCCAGAUGUGAACGCUACAUAUUUCAAAUUCCUGCUGGAUUUUCUCUACUCCGGACAAACUUGUAUAACAUCACGUGAUGUUAAUUAUUUACAUGAUCUAUUGUUGUUGUUGCAAAUUAAAUCCGACAAUUGGAAAACCACUGAUACGGCGAUUUUGAGUAGUAAGUGUAGUAAUUUGCGUGAACGUCUAAACAGCGACUCCAAUGGUAACGGUAACGGUAAUGGUAAACAGCAACAACAUCCGCAUAUGUAUUGUUCAACAAAACUCGAGCAUUCCUAUAGCCCUGAAUUAGAUGGUAGUGAUGAGAUAAAAAAAUGUUCGGAUGGUUCCAAGGACUCCGAUACGGUCAAGGAAGAUCCGGGCAGCCCUAAGUGUUCAUUAGAUGAUAAUAUAAAUAAGGAUAUAAAAGAUAUUGAUAGCCCUGCGACCAGUGAGCAAGAGGCAGCAUAUACAGAUGCGCAGCUCCAAACCACAGCCAAUAAGAAUAACAUACCUUCAUUAAAUCCCGUCAAUUUGUCAUUGGGUUUACGAAGUAAACAUGAAAACAGUACAAGAAAAUUAUCAUAUACGGACAAGAAUAUUUUCAAUACGGAUAGUUCAUCGUUUAACGGCACCGAGAGUAUAAAGCGUAAAGGUUUCUUUUUCGAUGCGGAUAAAGAUGUUACAAAAUCUCUACAAGAUCCCGAUUUGAAUAAUUCACCGGAAAAUUAUGUCGUAACGCCACAUCGAAAACGUCGACCGGGCUUUCAUCACUCAUCGAAUCAUAAUCAACCGUUCGCUUCGUCAUAUCAACAUUCGUUAAUCGAUGAGUUACGCUCCGCGAAAACAGCCUCGUCACCUAUAUCACCGUACAUGUCCGAUCGUAAAUUGUUAUCACCAUUAGAGGAAGGCCUACUGGGCAGUUCAGAAGUAUUGCCGAAAAAUCGUAAAUCCAUUGAAAAUCAAAGACCCCGACCACAAAGCCCCGACGCUGCCGCACUACACAUUUCACCACAGUUCGCAUACCAAUGGCAAUCGACGCAAAAUCCUGCCAUAUCCACAUUCUCAAAUCUGCAAGCCGGUCUUGGUAGUAUACCACCGAUUGGUGUGGGCGGUGGCGGUGGUGGUGGCGGUGGCAGUGGCAGUGGCAUCGAUGCUGGCAAUCGUGAUACACCAGGAAGUGUUCGAGAUCCCCCAAAUAAUAAUUCGAAUAUAUGUGGCACACAUAAUACGGCACGCGAAUACCGCUGCGAAUACUGUGGCAAACAGUUUGGCAUGUCAUGGAAUUUGAAAACACAUUUGCGGGUACACACGGGCGAGAAACCGUUCGCUUGCCGUCUAUGCGUCGCUAUGUUCAAACAGAAGGCCCAUCUAUUGAAACAUUUGUGUUCGGUCCAUCGAAAUGUCAUAACGACGACAAAUGGUGCUGAGACGGAGAAUCGGUUCAGUUGCUGUUUUUGUUCAAUGUAUUUCGAAUCAGUACAAGAGUUAGUGAGGCAUUUAUCGGGACAUCAUAAUAAUUUGCUGCUAACGAAAAAUUUACGCGAAUAAAAGAAUGCAAGCAAAGCUUAAAUUAUUUUUAAUAAAUUUACAUGCAUAUACAUAUAAAUAUACAUACAUAUACAUACGUGAAAACAUAGCUGCAUACUUAUUACAUGCAUUACAACGCACACACACACACAUACACACACACACAUUGACAUAUACAUACAUACAUAAAAAAGAAACAAACAAACAAACAAACAAACAAACACACACACACACACACAUGCAUACUUAUAAAAGAAAAAGUGUAAUUGUACUUUGAAGACGGAAAGUGACCUGAAUUUUUACUUUGUUUGCAGAAUAUUUCUCAUUGUCAGAACCUGCAAUAUUUUUAUACCCUUGGGACAUAUGUAUAAUAAUUCCAAUUCUCUUUUUAUAUACGUUUUUUUUCAUCAC